AUGGCAUAUCCGAGUACGUUACGUCGUAUCUCUGGCCUAAUUCGCUACACAAUCAUCGCCGUCGGGACACUUGCACUUCUAUUUUACUUCCGGCAGAUGACCUAUGUGCUUACGGUGAGGCCCGGACGCUUAUCGCCAGUAAAACCCAAUCUGAGUAAUGCGGAUACUUCUGGAAGACCGAAAACUAAGCUCCAUCCAAUUGAAGAACUGAUAGAUAAUGCAGACAAGACUUUUGAAGCUCUGUUGGCAAAACAAACCUUUGACUUGAAAUCGGCAGCAUCAGAAUACAGGAAAAGGAGAGGAAGACACCCGCCCCCAUGGUUUGAUUUAUGGUUUGAAUUUGCUGGAACAAAUAAGGCCCUCAUUGUGGAGGAAUUUUUUGACCAAAUUUACCACGAUCUCGCGCCUUUCUGGGGAGUUGAUCCCUCAUUGAUGCGUAAAAAGGCAGAAUCUUAUGAAAUGAGGAUAAACAUACGGAAUCAUAAAGCUAGCGCGGAAAGUACCUGGUUCUGGACACAGAUAUGGUUAGAUAUGAUUAAAACCAUCGAACAUCUUUUACCAGAUAUGGAUAUUGCCUUAAAUGCAAUGGAUGAGCCUCGAAUUGUCAUCCCUUGGGAAGAGAUAAACAAGUACAUGGAAGCUGAGCGCAAGACGCGUAAAAUGCCUCCCGCGACAGAAGUAGUGUCCAACUUCCGACCACUCAAACCACCUGGAAAGCGAGAUCAGAGUGUUAUUAAGUGGGAGCCAGGAGAAAGUGCCUCCUUCUGGAAGAUUGUAACUAGAGGAUGCCACCCUGAUUCACUCGCACGAAAUUCACCAAUUAUGACUGACUUUGACCACCGCCCCUCGAUAACCUCCGAAUAUACCACCUCACACAUGUACAAAGGCUUUGUAUCUAACUACACUGCCUCUACAGAUUUUUGUAAUCAACCAGAUUUACAAUAUCUCCAUGGUAUAAUGAUAAAACCACUCACUAUAUCCUCUACCAAGGAUUUUUUCCCAAUGUUUGGUGGCUCAAAACUUCACACAAAUAAUGAGAUUUUACUUCCUGCACCAAUGUAUUGGAACAAUGAGGAAAGAUUUUCUGGAGGCUACGACCAUGGUGGACCCUGGGAUGAGAAGUUAAACAAAGUUAUAUGGCGGGGCGUUGCGACGGGCGGGCGUAGUCAAGCCGACAAUUGGAAAGGAUUUCAAAGACAUCGAUUCGUAGCUAUGACAAAUGCAACAAAAAUUUCCGAUAGUGAAAAUUCCCGCAAGCCCCCAGAGAAUUGGGUCCUUCCACCUACUCAAUAUAACCUAGCUGCACAGGCGGAGAAUAGACUGGGCGAAUGGACGCGAGAAUGGGCUGACACUGGAUUCGUUGAUCUUAACUGUGAACCAUCCGAAAUUGAAACCUGCGAAUACUCUUCGAGUCAAUUUUCAAUUCUACCCGGCAUGAUGAUGAGCGAGCAAUUCUUUCGCAAGUAUCUUCCUGAUAUCGAUGGCAACAGCUUCUCUGGUCGCUAUCGAGGGUUUCUUCUCUCUACUUCUUUACCUAUCAAAAGUACCGUCUUUCGUGAAUGGCAUGAUAGUCGCCUAGUGCCGUGGAAGCACUUUGUCCCAAUGGAUAAUCGCUUUAUAGAUUUCUGGGGUAUCAUACAGUAUUUUCUCGGGUACCAAGGGAAAACUAUCCAAGUAGACGGACAUGAUGAACAAGCAAGAAAGAUCGCGAUGGACGGCCAGGACUGGGCUAAUAAAGUAUUACGCACAGAGGACAUGCAGAUUUAUGUUUUACGCUUGCUACUUGAGUAUGCACGGCUAUCAGAUGACCGACGUGAUGGCAUGGGCUGGGUGGGAGAUCUUGUCUAG